GGCUGAGAUGUGUGAAGAUGAUGGAAAAUCAGGUUCUCUUGGUAGAACACAGUUGAAGUGCUGGGAAGCCAGGCAAGUUUUAGACAUUCAUGGAACAGAGAAAGCAUUUGAGAUACUGAAGGAAGCUUUGAGUUCAAUGGAGAAAGUUGAAGAUCAAUCCACUGACAUUUUCAAGCUCACUAAAGCCCUUUACUUGCAUACUGAAGGUGAAAUUCUUUGGAGGAACAUUGAUUACAAGAAAGCUCUUGAAAGCUUGCAGUUGUCCUUGACAUUCUCAGAGGAGCUGCUAAAAGAGCAUACAGAUUUGGCAAGGUGCUACAAUGCUAUUGGAAAUUGUUACUCCCGCCUUAACCAGCCAAUGGAAGCACUUGAGUUCUAUGAAAAAGCCUAUAAUAUGCAAGAGAAUUUGGCUGGCUCUCAGUAUCACUUUGAUAUGCCAAUGUACAAGCACCAAAUUGGCACAGCAUAUGAGGGUCUCCAAAAGUAUGACAAGGCAGUUGAAUAUUACAGAGAUGCAUUGAGGCUUCUAGAAGAACUCAAUCUUUCAGGUUUUGGGGAUGAAGCACACUUUUGCAGAGAACUUGCCAAUGCUCUUUUCUGGCAGGGGAAAUAUUCAGAAGCAGCCGAACCAGCAAUGCGUGCUUACAACAUUAGGAAGAAUCUUCUAAAGAAUCACCCACUUACGGUGCGCAGCAUUUUCCAGCGAGCUAACCUUCAGGCCUACUUGCAAGAUUAUGAGGGAGCCUUGAAACUCUACCUUGAAGCAUGGGAGAUGGAGAAGUCACUUGAUGUUGGGAACCAUAGUGAGGUGUGGCGAAAAAUUAUCACUGGUGUGGAGAACAUGUGUGACUAUUUGGAGAACAGAGAAGAGAAACAAAAAUUUCAAAAAGAUGCUUUGAAGUUUUGUGAACACUUUUGGAUAGAAAAGAAAAAGUCUCCAAGAUUUGCUUUUAAUGAUUCUAACAAGGACAUCAUUGAUGUCUUGAUGGAUCUUGUCAGUGAUGAGAAUGACAAGUAUAAAUUGCAAAAAGAACAGCUUUGGUUCUACGAGGGUAGGUACAAUGCCACCAAAGAAGAACUUCAAAAGGACUGUGACCUGGAAACUGAAAGUGAUACACUUCACUACACAUUUGAAGAAAUGAUCAAGCUUCUUCACCAAGUGAUACACCUUUGUCAUCAACUUAAAGAUUACAAGCAGGAGGAGCAAUAUACAGAUGCGUUACGGAAUUUGACAGAUGAAGAAGAUGCAACAGUGGACACUGAAGAUGGUCAAAAGACUCUGAUCAAAAGAGGAAAAAUUGGAGGUAAGGAAGACACAUGGCACCUGAGAAAAGCUGGUGCCUCCAUCAAACUUUGCAGUGGAGCUGUCCAACAACCCGUGCCAUUUACAUGUAGAUGCCAAUUGUGGAACCCCAAGAGCCUCUCCCCACCCGUUGCCAGUGAUGAGAUAUUGGUUAGCAGUGUUAUUGAGCUAUCUCAUGAUGGCCCAUCAAAUCUGGAGUACAGGGAAAAUUUUGAAGGAAUCAGUUUUAAUGUAGCUUUGUUGCACAGUGCCCCAUAUUUGGAGGGGUAUGAGGUGGUUAUCAAGCAACUAACUGACCAAGUGAACAAUGAAUGGAAGGAAUUGAAGACAGAGAAUACAUGGCAUGGAUCAGAAACUUCAACAGUUCCCAGGUGGCUUUUCCCAUUUGCACAAGCUGUUUGUGCAAAAUCAGGAGUUUCUUCAUUUGCUGCAAUCUGGCGUCCUAAGUCUUUCAUUUUUUCAAGAGGUACUGCAAUAGGUCCGGAACUGACCUGUAUUGUGCCUGACUUUCCUGAUGUCAGUGUUCAAAUUCCUCAGAGCUGUGUUCCUCUUGAUCAAGAUUUCUGUGUGACAAUCAAGGUACAAGAAUUUCCAAGCAGUGAGCUAAAAGGAGAGGGAGGACUUGUCGGUCCAGUUCUUUACAUUUCAGGCUCUCAAAAUGUGACUCUCAUCGCGCCUGUAACAAUCAGGAUUCCUCUCACCCUCCGUAAAGGAAAACAAGAGUUGGCAGAGUUAUGUCCUGGUGAACUGAGGAUAUUACACUGUGAAUCACUAGUUGAACCACAUGACUGGAAAGACAUCACAGGUCAAUUAGAUGAACCUGCACGUCUUGUAGAUGGGAAAGUGCAAUUCAAAGUUAGGCAUUUCUCUGGAUUCCGUCCAAUCAAGUUGAUCAGAGCACUUUUACAAUCUGCUUCGGGCCUCACUGAGUUUAUAGGAAAACUUCCCAGUAGGUCUAGGCCUCACCUUGCCCAAUUUUCUACGUGCUUGUGUAAGACCUCUGUUCCCGGACAUUUUGGACUCAAACUUUUCUGCUAUCCUCCAAGCCUGCAAUAUGAUGUGAACCGGCGAAUAUCAGAGUGUGUCGUGCCCUACAAAGGCGAAGGCAGCUCUCGUAAACCAGUUUGUGAAGAGGAGAAAAUUUUGGUGUCUCUUUCUCAGGCAAUCAUACCCCAAGGCACAGACGAGAAAAACGCUUUACAAUUUGUGAGAUUCCACGAGGACAAAGUUUUUGACACAGGUGGUGAAGUUUGCUUAGGAAGUGAGAGUGUUCCAGGAGUGAAGUUUUUCGACCAAAGUCGUGAACUUUUGUGCAACGUGACCAUAGUAUUAGCAUCUCAAGCAUCUCAUCCAUCUGGGGUCGUUCUUCCCUUGUCAGAAAUUCAAAGAGCUCAGGAAAUGCCUCUGUCAAAUCGAAACAUUCAAUCCUCAGUGGACGUAGAUUCACUACAUGAGCACGGCAAGAAAUUACAUGUCACUCUUCUAGCAACUGAAUGGUGUUCGGCAAAGGGUGGUUUGUCCACCAUAAACAGAGUGCUCGCCAAACAGUUUUCAUUAAAUCCCAAUGUAAAAGUCACUUUGUUUGCUCCUCCAUUUGAAUGUAAAUGUAAGGAAAAAGACAAAGCAGAAGCUUUUAAAUGUGAUAUUAAUAUUAAGGAAGCAGAUGGAAGAAUGUCAAACUCCACAGACCCCCUCGACUGGUUGGCGUUUCCCCCGGAGAAACUCCACAUAGACGUGGUUAUCGGUCAUGGUUGGAAGCUUGGGUGGCAGGCAGAGGAAAUCAGGAGAAGCCACUCCUGUAAGUGGGUACAGAUGGUCCACACAUGUCCUGAAGAACUAGCCAUGCACAAAAUCUGCGACAAACCUCUCUCCAGAGGUGAAGAGAAGCAUAUGGACGACACGCCUGCAAGAGGGAAAAACACCUUGAGAAGCUCACAGGCUACAAUUCUGAAAUGUUGUAAAUGA